AUGGCGAUCAAACAGAUCGACAGGGCGGCCACGACGGCCUUCUGCCCAAAUGCGCCGUACAUCGCGACGGGAUCCAUGUCCGGGGCGAUCGACAUGAGCUUCUCCACGAACUCGACGCUCGAGAUCUUCAACCUCGAUCUCGACCAGGCAACCGGGGAGUGCUCGCUCGCAGGCGGCGCCGUCCCCGCCCCCGAGCGCUUCCACCGCCUGGCGUGGGGCGGGUGCUCGUCCCCCAGCUCGCGCGGGCUGCUCGCCGGCGGGCUGGCCGACGGCGUCGUGUGCGUCUGGGACCCCUCGAAGAUCAUCGGCACCCAGAGCCCCAGCAAGGCCUCCUGCCAGGUCGCCACCCUCCAGAAGCACAAGGGCGCUGUCCGCGGCCUCGAGUUCUGCCCGAGCAGCACGUCGCCGUGGCUCCUCGCGUCCGGCGGGGACGACGGCGAGCUCUGCAUCUGGGACCUCAACAACCCCGCCAGCCCCUCCCUCCUCCCGGCCCUCGGCACCGACGGCCAGAGCCCCAAGGGCGACAUCGCGCACCUCUCGUGGCACCGCAAGGUUCAGCACAUCCUCGCCUCCACCAGCAACACGGGCACCACCGUGGUGUGGGACCUCCGGCGGCAGAAGCCCGUCAUCUCGUUCCGCGACCCGGCGUCCGCGCGGCGGUGCAGCGCGCUGCAGUGGCACCCCGAGGUGGGCACGCAGCUCAUCGUGGCGUCCGUCGAGGACGCGUGCCCGACGCUGCAGCUGUGGGACCUGCGGAACUCGCAGUCGCCGGUGCGGGAGAUCGCGGGGCACCACAAGGGCGUGCUGGCGGCGUCGUGGUCGCCGCACGACCCCUCGCUGCUGCUGACGUGCGCGAAGGACAACCGCACGGUCUGCUGGGACGUCCCCACGGGGUCGACGGUGUGCGAGGUGGCCGGGCGGCCCGGCAGCGGGUCGAACUACAACUUCUGCGUGGCGUGGUGCCCGACGGAGCCCGGGGUGUUUGCGACGUCGUCGUUCGACGGCCGCGUGACGCUGUCGUCGCUGCUCGCGUGCACCGCGCCCGAGAUGCGCGAGGAGGUCCGCGAGGACUUCUCGACGGUGCUCGUGCCGUCGGGGCCCUCGCGCCCGCUGGCCAAGCCGCCCAACUGGAUGCAGCGGCCGGCCGCGGCGUCGUUCGCGUUCGGGACGCGGCUGGUGUCGGUCGCGAACAGCCGCGCGCCCGGGCCGGACCCCGCGCAGCCCGCGCGCACGUCGGGGCGCGUGACGGUGAGCCAAGUGCAGACUGAGACCGACCUGGUCAGCCUGUGCGAGGCCUUCGGGCAGGCGGUCGGCGCGCGGGACCCCUCCGCGCUGCUGCAGCUGUGCCAGCGCCGGCAGGGCGAGGCCGACGCGCAGGGGUCGCCGGAGGGCGCGGUCUGGCGGCUGUUGGCGGGGCAGUUCGACGCCGACGCCCGCGGGCGCCUGCUCGACUUCCUGGGCUUCGAGCGGCCGCCGGAGCGCCGGCAGGAGGUCGCGGAUCUCGGGCAGGCCGAGCAGUCGCUCGCCGCCGCGCAGGCGUCGGCGAACGGCGACGCGCACGCGCCUCCGCCGGCGGACGGCGCGGACCCGUCGUCCUUCUUUGAUGACCUCGCCGCGAUGUCGCUGCAGCCCCCCGCGGGCGGCGCGGCGCCGGAGGCCGCCGUCAAGGAGGAGGCGUCCGCGGACGCGGCGUGGGAGUCCACGGACGAGACGGACAAGGCGGUGCAGGGUGCGCUGCUCACCGGGGACUUCGAGGGGGCUGUGGGCGCCGCGAUCUCCGCGGGGCGCAUGGCUGACGCGCUGCUGCUCGCGUCCCUCGGCGGGCCCGCGCUGCUGGCGGCCGCGCAGCAGGUGUUCACGGCGCGGGCCGCGGCCAGCCGGCCGUACGUGGCGACAGCGGCGGCCAUCGCGUCCGGCGACCUCACGGGCCUCGUGAAGACGCGCCCCGUCGCGCUCUGGCGCGAGACGCUCGCGCUGCUGUGCACCUACGCGCCCACCGACGCCUGGCGCGACCUGUGCGCGCUCCUCGGGCACCGCCUCUCCAAGGCCGCGCGCGUCCACGAGGCCACGCUGGUCUUCGUGUGCGGCGGGAACGUCGACCAGGCCGUCUCGGCGUGGUGCCGCGGCCUCGGAGGGUCGCCGUCCCCCACCGACCUGCACGCCGCGCUCGAGAAGGGCCUGGUGCUGGCGGCGGCGUCGGGCGGCGCCGAGGCCCCCGAGCGGCUCGGCAAGCUCGUGUCGGACUACGCGGGCAUCCUGGUGUCGCAGGGCCGCAUGGACCUCGCGCUGCAGUUCCUCGACAUGGUUCCGGGGGAGGAGGCGGGCCCGACGGCGGUGCUGCGGGACCGCAUUGCACGGUCGUGGUGGGACAACGCGGCGGCGGUCCCGCAGCCGCCGUUCCCGUUCGUCGGGGAGGAGGUCUACCCCGUGGUCCAGGAGGAGCCCGCCGCGCCGUCGCCGACCGCGCACGGCGGGCAGGGCGCGGGCUACGACGGGUGGGGCGCGCAGUCCACGCACUCGCAGCAGCAGGCCGCGCAGGGCUGGGGGCAGCAGGCCGCGCCGCAGACGUCGUACCAGCAGCCCCAGGCGUCCUAUCAGCAGCCCCAGGCGUCGUACCAGCAGCCCCAGGCGCAGCAACAGACGGCCUACCGGCCAGCGCAGCCCGCGCCGCAGCAGCAGCCGGUCUGGAAGCAGACCUCCGUGUCGCAGCCGCAGCAGCCGCAGACGCAGCCGCAGCAGCAACAGCAACAGCAGCCUGCGGCGUACAACGCCCCGCGCCAGCAGCCCGCAGCGUACAACCCUCCCCCGCAGCAGGAGCCGGGGUACAGCGCGCAGACCCCCGCCGCGUACGGCGCCUCGGCCGCGCCGGCCGCGUACGCGAAGCCCGCGGGCUCGCCGUACGCGGGGACGUCGACCCCCGCGGGCGCCGCGGCGACGCAGUACAUGCCCGCGCCGCGCGCCCCGCAGGCGCCGGCGUCGUCGGGCUACUCGGGCCACGCCGCGCAGCCGCAGCCCGGCAUGAUGGUGCCGCAGCCCGCCGCGCACGCGGCCAGCGGCGGCGCGUACGGCGGGGACCCGCGCACGUCCGGCGGGUAUGGCCAGCAGCAGCAGGCGCCACAGGCGCAGCAGCCGGGCAUGUUCGUGCCGCAGCCCGCCCCGGCGCCGAACACGCCGGCGUCGGGCCCGACUCCCCCGAAAAGCCAGGGCCCGUACGGCGGCGGCAUGCCCGGGUACAACGCGCCGGCGCCGAAGCCGGCGCCGCCUGCGCAGCCGCCGGCGGACAUCUCCAUCGCGACGUUCGACGCGUCGUCGCUGGACGCGCAGGGCCGCGCGAUCGUCGCGUCGUUCGGGCGCGUGUGGAAGCACUGCAGCGGCAUGCAGCUGAGCCCGCAGCACCGCAAGGCCGUUGACGACGCGGGCAAGAAGUUCGGGGUGCUGGCGUGGCAGCUGAGUCAGGGGGGGGUCAAGGAGCGCGUGCUGCAGAAGCUGGUCGGACUGAGCCAGGCGCUCGACCGGCAGGACGCGGCCGCCGUCGGCCAGGCGGUGACGACGAUCGUCAAGGAGGAGUUCGACUCGUGCAGCCAGUGGGCCACGGCACUCAAGAGGCUCCUGCGCCUCAUGGGCGUCCUGCACUAG